AUGUCGUCAAAUAAUGAUCUUUUGUUGCAUUUAGUAUCCCAGUUAAAUACACAACAGAGAGCCGCGGCCCUCUUUGAUUACACUAGAGGACUGCAGGUUAUAGCCGGUCCCGGCACAGGGAAGACUAAAGUUUUAACUUCGAGGGUAGCCUAUCUUAUUCUGCAUCAUCACAUCCAUCCUCGAGAUAUUAUAGUGACUACUUUCACUAACAAAGCUGCCAACGAGAUGAAAGAACGUUUGCAAGGAAUGUUACGCGGGGCAGGAGUCAAUAUUUCGGAGCUCUUAAUUGGUACUUUCCAUAGUAUUUGCCUGAGAAUACUUUACAGAUUUGGCCACUUGGUGGAUCUACAGAAAGAAUGGAGAAUUAUCGAUGAAAAGGAGAUAGACACCAUUUUAGAUGACAUGAUUGAAAAAGUUCCCGAUCAAAUAAGGGAUUAUGCUUCCUCGAUCACGAGGAAAGUGAAUUUAUGUAUGCCAAAAAAGAAUGGAGAUGAAUGGACCAUUCAUCCGAAACUGAUCAAGAAACAGAUUUCAAAACUGAAAUCAAACGCAAUAUUACCCGAGGAAUACAUUCUUGACUCGAACCAUGACGCUGCGCUGGCCUAUUUUUACCAAAUUUACCAAUCCGAGCUAAGCAAGAAAAAUACCCUAGACUUUGAUGACCUACUAAUGUACACUUUCCGUUUGCUGACUAGGGAGCGUGUUUUAUCCAACGUAAAGCAUGUUUUAGUUGACGAAUUUCAAGAUACUAACGGCAUUCAAUUAGACUUGAUGUUUCUUUUCGCUAAGGGAAAUCACCAUCUCUCCAGAGGGAUGACCAUCGUAGGCGAUCCUGAUCAAAGCAUAUAUGCUUUCAGGAAUGCCUUAGCUCACAACUUUCUAGAAAUGGGUAGGAAAUGCCCCAUCGAGUACUCGACUAUUAUACUCGUGGAGAAUUAUCGUUCCUCACAAAAAAUUCUAAACACAAGUGAAAUUUUGAUAACACAACAAAACAAAGGCCGCCAGAAUAGGACUCCACUUCGUGCCCAAUUUGAUUUGGAUUUCCCACCAGUUUAUAUGAAUUUCCCCGCUUACUUUUUAGAGGCACCUUCUUUAGUCCGAGAACUACUAUAUUUGAAAGCCUUACCGAACUUAUUCACCUUUAAUGACUUUGCCAUCUUAGUAAGACAACGCAGGCAAAUUAAAAGUAUUGAAAGUGCACUAAUAGAACAUCGAAUACCCUAUAAGAUUAUAAGGGGACACACUUUCUGGGAUUCCAAGGAAACAAGGGCAAUGUUAAACUUGCUGAAAUUGAUAUUUUCUCCGAAUGAUAAACACGCAAUUCUUGCUUCACUUUUAUACCCGGCAAGAGGCCUUGGUCCUGCUACUGGUGAGAAAAUCAAGAACGCAUUGGACACACUAGCUACGGAUGCAUCAUGCUUUCAAAUAUUAAAGGACAUAAGUAGUAAAAAAACAAUGCUGGACAUACCGACGAAAGGCCGUUCUGUCAUAGCAGACUUCAUUUCAAUGAUAGAAAACUGUCAAUUGUUGCUCCAAAGCACUCUAUUAGGAGGGCUUUCAGAUUUAUUUGAUAAACUUUAUGAACUGUCGGGUUUGAAGUACGAAUACUUGUACAAGGAUGGCAAGAAAAAAACCGACCAGCUGGAACAGUCCGAACCCAAUUUAUUGAAUGCAAGACACAAGAAUAUUGAGCUUUUAAAAAACUAUUUUCUGGCUCUUCUCAAUAAGUCAGAGUCUCCAGAUAGAGAAAAAAAUGAAGGUAUGAAAGCAGCAGCCGAUGAAGCUGACCCAGUAGAGAGCAAAGUCAUUAGUCCAAGAGAAUACCUCCGCAAUUUUUUCAAUUCACUGUCCCUUCAUUCCGAUGCAGUUGAGGAGGAAGAGUCGGAAUCCAACAAAAAUGCAAAAAUGAAUCGCGAAAAAAAUGGCUUUGUCACAAUAUCUACAAUCCACGGUGCUAAAGGUCUUGAAUGGCCGGUAGUUUUUAUUCCCGGAUGCGAAGAGGGAAUAAUCCCUUGUGUGUUCAACGAUGAUAAAAAGGAUGAAUCAGAAGAGGACGAGGACGAAGAUUCAGAAAAGGCUAAAAAAGAUGCGAGUCCCAAAAAGACUAGAAUUUUAUCUGUGGAGGAUUCUAUAGAUGAAGAGAGAAGGAUGUUUUUUGUUGCACAAACUCGUGCAAAAUACCUGUUGUAUUUAUCAAACACUACAACGGUGGAAGAUGUCGAUAGACCACGAAUAGCGAGCCGAUUUCUGACCACCGACUUGGUAAAGGGCAUGUCUGAUAGCCAAAAAUUAUUUGAAAGUACGAAUAGUAUCAAAAAACUAUAUCGAAUUUUGAACAAGAAGCCUCCUGCCCAGAAUGAUAAACUAUUUUCGCUUGAUCAAUUACGCAAUGACUAUAACCAGUUCAUUGAAAAUAGGAGAGAAAGGAUGAUUUGGCAAGGAAUACAAAUGAAUGAUAUCUAUGGAAUACAGUUGUCUAAAAAUAAACUAUCGGGGUCUGUUAGCGAUUUUACAUCAGCUGCAGAUCAGUUACGACUUGAAACGAAUAGCUCUAUAUUCCCACAAAAGAAAUUUACUGAAAGGCCUCACCCAUCCAAAACCACUGGCAGUUACGCUCCUAAAAGUAGAGUUAAAAGUCCAGAAAAAAGGUACGCUCCAGAAACUACAUCACACCAUUCUCCAACAAAAAAAAAGGUGUUUGCGCCUCAAUACAUUUCAACAAAUAAUGUACCCAGUAGACGAGAGUUUCAUUCUGCCACUGGGAAAAACAUUCCCUUUCUAAGAAGAGAAGAUAGGUCCAUUACAGACAUAUCUCCAAGAUCAUCAACAAGAUCAUUAAGAGGAGCAUCUCCGAAUAAAACAAGCCACAUGCCAGAUGAUUUAAUAGGACCAUCACCAACAAGGCCUUCGAGAGACAAAGUCGUUAGUAAUAUUCACUUCCCAACUGCAGGCACUUUUAGAAUAGAAACUCAGUCAAAUGUGGAUGAACUGUAUCCCUCAGGAUUCCCCAAUAAAUCAGGUCACUCGCUUACGUCCAGUGAAUUUUCUGGAUUUUCUAGCGUGUGCAGUAAUUCUGAUCAGUCAAACAACUUGAUACGAGAUAUAAAAAACGAAUUAGAUUUAUCCGAUGAGGAGUUAUUAAAUGAUAUAUCAAUAGAAAGAAGGAGAGAGCUUUUGGGCUCAAAAAAAAAAGAGAAAACAAAACCAAAAUCUCGGAAUAGGAAGUCCAAGAGGAGUGACAAAGUUAAGAAUGAGGAAGUGAUAGAUUUGAAGAGUGAAUUUGAGGAAGAUGAUAGCAGAAAUACAACUGCUGCCGAGUUGUUACAUAAUCCUGAUGACACCACGGUUGAUAAUCGUCCAAUAAUCUCAAACGCCAAGUUUUUGGCUGACGCAGCUAUGAAAAAGACACACAAAUUUUCUAAAAAGGUGAAGAAUGAACCUGCAUCAAGUCAAAUGGAUAUAUUUUCUCAGCUGUCGCGUGCGAAAAAAAAAUCAAAACUAAAUAACGGUGAAAUUAUAGUCAUCGAUUAG